AUGGCCGCUGGCGCUGCCGACGUGUUCGUGUACGCGCUGGCAACCUUCCUCGGGAACGUCGGCGUCGCCGUCACCGGCUUUGGCAUGGCCAUUGUGUACCUGUUCGUGUGGCAGGUGGCGAGGCUGUGCGGCUGGGAGGCGGACUUCAAGCACGCGGUGUUCAUCCAGGCAAUCGGCCUGUUCGCAGCCCAGCCGCUGUUGCUGCGCCAGGCCAACAUUCGCAAGCACGGCUCCCGCAACCUCUUGAAGCUGUUCGUUCCGGUGACGGUCUUGUCCACGCCUCUGGGCCAGUGGUUGGGGAUCUACGUCGACGAAGAAGGCAGUCCAGACGGCGGGGGGCAUCGUCAUCUGCCUCUUCGCCGCCUUCGAGGUGUUCCGCAACCGCGGGCUCAUCCUCGAGGCCCUCCGCGGCGCCCCGCUCUCGGGCCCGCGCAGCGAGGACGCGGAGCCGCAGGGUUUUGA